ACGUCACUUCUUGGGAAAGCACGUAGGUUUUGCGUACUACGUCAUCCUCUCUUCCCCUUAGUAACCCUCAGUGGCGUCUCAGGGAGGCAGAAUCACAAGAUGGGUUUGUUAUCAAUUUUACGGAAACUGAAAAGUACCCCCGACCAGGAGGUGCGGAUAUUGCUUCUGGGGUUGGACAACGGUGGCAAGACCACCUUACUGAAACAGUUAGCAUCUGAAGACAUCACUCAUAUUACGCCAACACAGGGUUUCAAUAUCAAGAGUGUCCAAUCGCAAGGAUUCAAAUUAAACGUUUGGGAUAUCGGUGGUCAGCGAAAGAUCAGGCCCUACUGGAGGAACUACUUUGAGAACACAGAUGUACUGAUUUACGUCAUUGAUAGUGCCGAUCGCAAAAGAUUUGAGGAAACGGGACAGGAGUUGGCUGAAUUACUUGAUGAAGAAAAGCUGAGCGGUGUCCCAGUCCUGGUCUUUGCAAAUAAGCAGGACCUGCUCACAGCAGCCCCUGCGUCCGAGAUAGCUGAGGGUUUGAAUUUGCACACUAUCAGAGACCGAGUGUGGCAGAUCCAGUCCUGCUCUGCCCUCACCGGAGAAGGAGUCCAGGAUGGCAUGAACUGGGUCUGCAAGAGCGUGAACGCUAAGAGGAAAUAGAGCUACCGUGGCUUUCGCCCCUGGACACGCAGAGGGAAUGCUUAAGUUCAUGACUUUGAAAAAACUGUCAGUAGGUACAGAAAAUGAAGGCACCCUUUCAAAACUAUUUAAAUUCACUUUUGCCUCUUUUUAUGGGUCUGCUAUGGUCCUGUAUUCAUACACUGAGUUCAAGUUAGUAGUAUCCUUUCUUUUAAACUCAAAAUUAAGAAUGUACAUCCAUGUGAUUUCACAUUAUAGUCAACCAUAAUUUGACUUUUUUUUUUUCUUAAUUCAUUCUGCCUUCAUUUCUUGAGAUGAAUGACUCAUGUUUUUAUAAUAAAUGUUAUAGUUGUUUAGAGGAAUUUGUUACUGAGCCUUUUUUGUAGAAGUGACAGCUUUCAUCAUUCAGUUCAACUGCUGUCUCUUUUUAGUUCAUCUAAGGUCAUAUCUUUAAUUGUUUGUGGAAAAACACACAAAAUAUGAUUCCUAAAAUUAACAGAGAUAUGAAUGAAUUCACGGUACGCAAAUUCAGAAACACCAGAAUGUACAAAAGAAUAGGGGACCAUUGGCAGGAUAUGAAUACAUUUUUGAUAAUUAAAUGUAAAUAAUGUUCAACAUAGCUAAUUAUUUUCUGCAUAUAUAUAUAUAUAUAUACUGUCGAAUUUUACAAAUCCAGCAUUUAAGGAUUUCUUAGAGCUCUGUACUGUAAGUGGCCUGUACAGCUGUAAUCUAUACACUGACGAGUACAAGAGGAUGUUGUUUAUCACACCACGAUUAUUUCUGUAGUGUCUCUGAAUGUCAUGUUGUGUGUGAAAUUACUGAAGCAUACUGAGUAAAAUAUUGAAAAGA